AUGGUACCUGGAGGUGAAGUGGAGGUUCAUGUCAAGGAUAGUUCCAAGGGAGCGGAAGAAGUGGGACAUGAAUUCCAAGCCACAGUUGGAGGUGACGUGAGACGGAACUCUGUGCUUGGAGAUGACGUGCUUGAGGAACAGUUCUGCGAGCUCUGGGGCGUUGAGCGUAUUGUGUGUCAGAAUGAAGAUGGUCUGUUUGGAGAGCUGGUCGACGACAACCAGAAUGUCUGUGAAACCAUCGGAGUUUGGCAGUUGCUCGAUGAGGUCCAUGGAGAUGGAGUUUCACGGGCGCUCCGGAAUCGGAAGUUGCUUGAGUGUUCCGUAAGGGAGGUGACGGGGAGCCUUGGAUUGCGCGCAGGUGGUACAGGACUUGCAAUAGUCCCGGACAAAGAGUCGGAGUCCGGGCCAGGUGUAUUCCCGGAGGACCAGGACUUGAGUCUUGUUCUGGCCCCAGCGACCGGUGGUCGGGUGGUCGUGGUAGGCCCGGAGGACUCGGAGGUGAAGGUUGUCGGAGUCCGGUACGUAGAUUCGGCCAUUGAGCCGGAGGAACCCUUCUUCAUCUUUGGACCAACGGGAGUUGCCUUCGGGGGCCGACUUAAUGGCUGCGGCGAGUUCGGGGGAUAG